AUGGCAAGGCUUGCCAUCUUCCUGUGGAGCCCCGACCAUAAGGCAUUCUGGGUAAUAAAAAGGUUGAAUUUCGAUGUAGCUGGUGAGAAGAGGAAACUACAGCUCAAUGAACUUGACGAGCUAUGUGACGAGGCAUAUGAAAAUGCGAGGAUUUACAAGGAAAAGACAAAGAGAUACCAUGAUCAGCACAUCACAACGAAAGAAUUUUCUCCUGGUCAAAAGGUACUUUUGUUUAACUCUCUUCUCAAAAUUUUUCCAGGGAACUUACGUUCAGGAUGGUAUGGUCCAUUUCAAGUUGUUCGAGUAUAUCCCCAUGGAGUUGUUGACAUUAAAAACUUGGAGACGGGAAAUGAGUUCAAGAAAUGA